CAUCACUGUUAAUUCAGCAAAAGUGACAUAAAAGUGAAGAUCGAACGGUUGUACUACUAGGAAGCAAAAUGAUGUAAUUCAGUUAGCAUAGCAGAAGAUAAAGUCGGAGACAGUCGGGAGUGGGCUCUAUUUAUUUCAAAAAAAGCUGUUUGGCUUGCGCUAAGUAGAAUUUGUAGAGUUUUGAAACAGUAGUAGGAGCAGUAGUCGUAAAUUGAAGGUAGAGUGGUGGAAAGGGUAGUCUCUUAGCUAUUUGCUUAUAUAGCAGUGAUUUUCUCUACUGCUUAAGGUAAUGGAUUCAUUUGAACCUGAUGGAAAUGGGUUGCGUGAAGGAAAUGGGAUCCACGAGGGAAAUGGAUCACAGGAAGGCUUACCGCCUCCCCCACCUGUUGUUCCACCAGAUGUGGUUCCAAUGCGAGCAGAACCUGAACCAGUCAAGAAAAAGGUUGUCAGGGUUCCAAUAGCUAGGCGUGGCCUUGGAUCUAAAGGCCAGAAGAUAUCUCUACUAACUAAUCACUUUAAAGUUAAUGUUAACAAAGUUGAUGACUAUUUCUUCCAUUACUGUGUGUCCCUUUCCUAUGAGGAUGGCCGCCCGGUUGAUGGUAAGGGUGUUGGAAGAAAGGUCAUUGAUCGAGUGCAUGAAACUUAUGACUCUGAAAUGGGUGGAAAGAAAUUUGCUUACGAUGGAGAGAAAAGCUUAUUCACUGUUGGUGCUCUUCCACGCAACAAACUUGAGUUCACUGUCGUGCUUGAGGAUGUCACCUCUAACAGAAAUAACGGAAAUGCAAGCCCUGAUGGGCAUGGUAGUCCCAAUGAGGGUGACCGAAAGAGAAUGCGGCGCCCAUAUCAGUCCAAAACAUUCAAAGUGGAGAUCAGUUUUGCUGCAAAAAUUCCCAUGCAGGCCAUUGCUAAUGCACUGCGUGGACAGGAAUCUGAGAAUUCUCAAGAAGCCAUAAGGGUCCUGGAUAUUAUAUUGCGCCAGCAUGCGGCUAAACAGGGCUGCCUUCUUGUACGCCAGAAUUUCUUUCACAAUGAUCCAAAGAAUUUUGCAGAUGUCGGGGGUGGUGUUCUAGGUUGUCGAGGAUUUCAUUCUAGUUUUAGAACCACUCAGGGAGGGCUGUCUCUGAAUAUUGAUGUAUCAACUACCAUGAUAAUUCAGCCUGGUCCUGUUGUGGAUUUUUUGAUUGCAAACCAAAAUGUGAGAGAUCCCUUUCAGCUUGACUGGGCUAAGGCCAAACGAACAUUGAAAAACUUGAGGAUUAAGGCAAGUCCCUCCAACCAAGAAUACAAGAUAACUGGUUUGAGUGAGAUGCCCUGCAAAGAGCAAACUUUUCAAUUAAACCAAAAGGGAAGGGAUGAUAAUGACCCGCUUGAAUUAACAGUUUAUGACUACUUUGUUAAUCAUCGCCGUAUAGAAUUGCGCUAUUCUGGUGAUUUACCAUGCAUCAAUGUAGGGAAACCAAAGCGGCCUACUUUUAUUCCUAUUGAGCUUUGUUCUUUGGUGUCCUUGCAACGUUACACAAAAGCACUCAACACCCUUCAAAGGGCUUCUUUGGUGGAGAAAUCAAGACAAAAGCCACAAGAGAGGAUGAGUACUUUAUCAAAUGCUUUGAAGAGCAGCAAUUAUGAUGCUGAACCUAUGCUACGCUCAUGUGGGGUCUCAAUCAGUACUAGUUUUGUUCAAGUUGAUGGCCGUCAAUUGCAGGCGCCAAAGCUAAAAGUAGGCAAUGGGGAGGAUUUCUUUCCACGAAAUGGGCGCUGGAAUUUUAAUAACAAGAAACUUGUGGACCCAAGUAAAAUAGAGCGAUGGGCUGUUGUGAACUUCUCAGCACGUUGUGAUAUACGUAACCUUGUACGUGAUUUGACAAAAUGUGCAGAGAUGAAAGGAAUUCCUAUAGAGCCUCCUUUUGAUGUAUUUGAGGAGAACCCGCAGUUCAGACGUGCCCCGCCUACAGUUCGAGUUGAGAAAAUGUUUGAUUCGAUACAGUCUAAGCUUCCUGGUGCUCCGAAGUUCCUUUUAUGUCUACUUCCUGAGAGAAAAAACUCUGACCUAUAUGGUCCUUGGAAAAAGAAAAAUCUUUCUGAUUUUGGAAUUGUCACCCAGUGCAUUGCUCCCCAGAGGGUCAAUGACCAGUAUUUGACAAAUGUUCUUCUGAAGAUAAAUGCAAAGCUUGGUGGUUUAAACUCUAUGCUGGCAGUUGAACAUUCUCCCUCUAUACCACUGGUUUCUAAGGUUCCUACCAUUAUCAUUGGUAUGGAUGUCUCACAUGGCUCUCCUGGGCAUUCUGAUGUCCCAUCAAUUGCUGCGGUAGUCAGUUCCAGGCAGUGGCCAUUAAUUUCUCGAUAUAGGGCAUGUGUCCGCACUCAGUCUCCGAAGGUUGAAAUGAUAGACUCUCUGUACAAGCCUGUGUCUGACACUGAGGACGAAGGCAUGAUGAGGGAGCUUUUGUUGGACUUCUAUUCUAGUUCAGGAAAAAGGAAACCUGAACAGAUCAUCAUAUUCAGGGAUGGCGUCAGUGAAUCACAAUUCAAUCAAGUGUUGAACAUUGAAUUGAAUCAGAUAAUCGAGGCAUGUAAGCAUCUUGAUGAAAAGUGGAAUCCCAAGUUUGUGGUGAUUAUUGCACAAAAAAACCACCACACUAAGUUCUUCCAGCCUGGACUUCCUGAUAAUGUUCCACCUGGAACUGUCAUUGAUAAUAAAGUCUGUCAUCCACGGAACAAUGAUUUCUAUCUCUGUGCACAUGCUGGGAUGAUUGGAACUACGAGGCCCACCCAUUAUCAUGUUUUAUUAGAUGAGGUUGGCUUUUCAGCGGAUGAACUUCAGGAACUUGUGCAUUCAUUGUCCUACGUGUACCAAAGAAGCACAACUGCCAUUUCUGUAGUUGCACCGGUGUGUUAUGCUCACCUGGCUGCCACUCAGAUGGGACAAUUCAUGAAGUUUGAGGAUGCAUCUGAGACAUCCUCAAGUCAUGGUGGUGUAACUUCUGCUGGAGCUGUUCCUGUUCCUCAGAUGCCCAAAUUGUCAGAUAAAGUCUCCAGUUCAAUGUUCUUUUGUUGAGAGGCCUAUGCCCCUGUUUCCCUUGCUUCUGUACAAAUGAUGCUUGAAAGAUAUAUUCGGUGUACAUGGGCAUUUUGCUUUUGCUGCUCUUUUGUUACAGGAUCUGAAACAUGCCACAGGGUAGCGCUGCUGGUCGGGUCGGGUCGCGUUAGUUUAGUUUUAUCUUAAGAUGGAAGAAUGUUUUUUGUUAUAGGGUAGCGGCGCCUGACGGCCACCUAGGCUUCUUUUUGUUUAUGCAAGUUUUCGAUACUCUGGAUGUAAGUAUAUGGUUUAACGUGACAACCUGACUAGGUGAUGUUUUGUUGCUUUCA